GAAAGUGUUCAAGUUUUAUUAGAAGAGAAAAUGAGGGAGAUGGAAGCAGCUGUUAAUGCAGAGAGGGAACUGCGGCAGCAACAGGAGGCUAGACUCAAAGCGGAGCUGGCCUCUCUUGAGCGAGAUCUCCAGGAGAGUAAAGAGAAGGAGAGCCUUGUGGCCUCUCUGGAGAAGUGCCUCCAAGAGGGCAAAGAGAGAGAAAGGAGCCUGGUGGAGGAGGGUGCCAAGAGGGAGGCACAGUUCAAAGAGCUGCUCAGGAGCCUGGAAGCCGAGAAGGACAACCUGGAGGAGCGUCUGACGAACCAGCUGUCCCAGCUCAAUGGCAGCAUCGCAGACUACCAGCAGGAGGUGGCGGACAACCGGGAGCACUUGGCCGAGCUGCAGCGGGAGGUGGAGCGGUUGGCGAGGGAGCGGGCCGAGUUGGAGGCUGAGGCGCAGAGCGAGAGCGACCGGGCCGCCAGGCUGGAGGAGGACAUGAGGCAAGCACAGAGAGAGAGAGCAGAAGCAGAGUCUGAGCCUUUAUGAGGAUGAAAGGCUGCAAGGUGUCAAGGUGGACAUGCAGCACCCUCCCCCAUAAUCGCCAACAAGACAGCACAUCCUGUGGUGUCCUGGCCUUAAAAUUUGCAGAGAAGAUUUUACUGGGGGAGGCAAUUGAGUUUGAAACCUCACAGAAGGCAGUGCACGAGCUGAGGCUGGACAUUGCUACUUAUCUCCUCAGAGAAUCUGAUGAUCUAAGCAGGCUUUGCUUUUACUGCGGGAUGGAGGAGCAGGAUGAAGAACAUUGGAUUUGCUGUGACAUUUGUCAGCAGUGGUACCACCACCAAUGUGUACAAAGGCCUCCAGUGGAUCAACCGUACUUGUGCCCUGGAUGCAC